AAAAUCUACCAACACAUUCUGAGUCUUUGUCUUCGCCAUUACUGUUUGCUCUUCCCCACUUUCAAAUUUCCCCUUCUCCGUAACUUUCUCUUCCCUUUUUCUCCUACCUUUAUAAACCCAUCAUUUCAAUCGUCCGAUACUGAUUUUCUUUGCAUUCGUGAUGAUGGCUCACAAACAGUUGUUGCAUGAGCUCCUCAAGGAAGAUCAGGAGCCUUUUCACUUGAAGAGCUAUAUCGCGGAAAGGCGCUCUCAGUUGAAGAAAUCUUCUCCAACAACCGCUUUACAAGUCAAGAAUCGCAAGCCCAUUACCUCUACAAAGCCCAGAAAUCUCCGCAGACAUUCCUGUUUUUUGUCGUCCCCGGACGUCAGGAAAUCGCCGUUUCUUGAUUUUCCGUCGCCGGCGAUUAGCCCCUGUAAGUCUCCUGCCGGUGCUGUUUUCCUCCACGUGCCGUCCGGGACUGCCGCACUCCUAGUUGAAGCGGCUAUGAGAAUCCAGAAGCAGCAGCAGUCGAAGGCCCGAGGUCAGAUUAAGAACGUCGGGUUUGGGUUGUUUGGGUCCUUUCUGAAGAGACUGAGAGAUCGGAGUAAGAACAGAAAGCGUGCUCUUGUGGAUAACGGGAUGAAUGUUUUGAGCAAUCAUGAGCUAAAAGAGAGUGAGACGUCGCCGGGGAAUACGAGGAUUUCGUGUUCUUGCAGUAGUGGUAGUUUGAGCAGAGGGGAUUUGGAGGAGGCCUCCACCAGCACUUUCAGGCGUCUUCAUGAGGAAUUUGAUGAGAUUAAUGACGAGUUUGGGUUAGGCGAAGAGCGCUUUUGCUCGAGCCCUAUCAGCCCGUUUAGAUUUUCUCUUCACAGAAGCGCCUCGUCCUCCGGCCGCCGCACGCCGGAUUUCUCUUCUCCGGCGCCUUCUCCCAGUCGCCACGUAAAGCAGGAGAAUGGAAAUUACGAAACCAGAAAUUCGGACAAUGUACAAGGAGUAGAAGAGGAGAAGGAACAAUGUAGUCCAGUAUCCGUAUUAGACCCUUUCUUUGAAGAUGAUGACCAUGUAAGUGGAGAAGCAGAAGCAGAAGACUACGAUGACGAUGAUUAUGAUCUCGAGUCCAGUUACGCAAAUGUACAAAGAGCAAAAGAGCAACUCUUAUACAGGCUUCGAAGAUUUGAACAACUGGCAGAAUUGGAUCCAAUUGAACUCGAGAGGAAAUUGCUGGAAGAUUCAGACAAUGAAUACCUCCAAGGAGAGAGCGUAGAGUCCGAUGAGGACAAGCCUUUGUCACCCUACAGAAAACAAGAUUUAGACACAUACGUAAACGAAGCAUUUAGCCCGUCUAGCCUUCAACAUAAUUCUAGAGAAAGCAAAAUAAUUUGCUUGUGCACUAAAGAAGAGAUAUUGAGAAGAAUCUGCAACAGGUUGCAUCCAUCGAAAGAAGUUGAAAUUGAUUCGAUUGGCACUAUGGUGGAGUUGGAUUUCAAGAGAGAAAUGGAUGCAUGGAAAAAUUUUCGGGAGCAGGCAGAAGAGAAAGUAGCAGAAGUCGAGGUAGGGAUCUUUGAGUUACUGGUGAAAGAACUGUCGGAAGAGUUGUUUUACAUGGAUGAACAACGGCAGGAACUCGAGUAUGUAGACAUAGAAUGCUCGUGAUUCUUGUACAAUUGUUUGGUUUAUUUGGUCCAAUUUGAGGAUGGAUUCGAUUCAAAUAUUUGAGGGUAAAUUAGUUUUGAAUCUCGUAUUACAUUUCACUAAGUGUUUUAAAAAAAUAAUUUAUAUACGUUUUCAGGUA